AAGAUGAAGCAGCUUCCAUGCCGCAAGAGGAUCCCAAUCCUAUACCGAGCAAGGAAGAAGCCGAUGUGAAGGAAUCCGGAGAAGAAAAGCCGGAUGUUUCCCAACCUGUAAAGGAGGUGGAAGGGGAGCAGCCAGCUGCUGCUGGGCCCCCAGUGACCUUCAACGCAGGGGAGACUGACGUUUCCCCACCCGAAGUAGAGAAGACUGACGCAAAGUCGGAUAUUAGUCCAUCCGAAGGCGAGAAGACGGAUAACUAUUCGUUCGAAGGGGAGAAAAUGGACAUGGAUCCAUCCAUCGAAGGUGAGGGGACAGAUGUAGCCCCGUCCGAGGUGGAGGAGUCGACCGAUCUUCAACCAUCCGCGGACAAUAGGUCGGAGCUGCAGAAGGUUGCCGACGAACACAAGAGACUCAAGCGUGAGAGGGUAAAACUGAUGCUAAAGAGAAUUAAAGGAGAACCCGAAGUUGUUGCAACCGAAGAAGAAUGCGAGUGGCCUGACGGAGCCGAGAUGGAGGUUGAGGAGAAAGAACGAGUCGAGAAGGAUGGCGAUUCUGUGAUAACUGAUUUUCACGGAUCCGAAGAUGAGGCCUGGGAGGAGAGAAUGGAGUUUCUAGGCAGACGCAGCACCAGAUCCCAUGACUCUCUGGCUUUCUCACUGGACAGUUCAAUCUCCGACCUGGAGGAUAGACGGGGUGCGCCCGAGCCUUCCUUCCUAGGCGGAUUUCUCAGGGAGUUCGAGAGUUUGCCCUCACUGAGCGACAUAUCCGAGAACAGCACCACGGUCGAGUCCGAGACUCGUCCGUCCUUCGUCCCACCACUACCUGCGCGAAUUUCUGUGGACCCCGGGAGAUUCGUGCAGUCCGUGGACCGCUUCUCGGGCUCAUCUACCUCUGGGAGGACUCUUAGUGAAUCGUCGUCGUCUGUGUUCGGGCUGAUCGGCGAAGAGGAAGAAGAACCAGAAGAACUGUCGCAAAGCUCAUUCCUGGGCAGCUUGAUUGAGGAACCGGAGAAAGUUCGCAAGGAGGUGAUCAUACAAGAUGACGCCGAUAUGAUGGCCCAGAUCUACGUCGAAUCGGAGAGCGAUGAUGAUGGCAAAGAUGUGGUGGAUCCUAAGCUAGCCCAGCAGAUCCAACUGUCUAAGAUGAUAAGCGAUUUCAUCGAGAGCUUGAUCAAUCGGGCCGUGCAAAUUUCAGAGAUUGGGGCCAGAGCGAAGCUGUUCGAUAAGGGAAAAAUGUUAGUAGAGAUAGAGCGUCUAGUGCACCUGUACAUCGUGGAGAGGUCCACCAACAACAUUCUAAACAACAAAAUGGGGGAGCACUGCAAGCGCAACCGAAAGCCGGACAAGUACGCCACGCUGCCACCGGCUGUGGAGACUAUCGAACACCGCCGGUAUGUGGGCGCCCUGAACGUAGUCGAUAACCUGAUGGAGCGUUCGACGAUUAUCAAGAAGAAUGGGAGUUUCGUGAUUUCGCGCGCCCAACUGGAGUUGCACUCCUGCUAUACCUUGUCGAAGUUCGUGACGGAGAAUCUGGAGACCUGCAUGCGGAAGGGUCUGCUUCGCCAGGACUCGGACAAGCUGCGUCGUCUCCUAGAUGCCGAGCUUCGGCGCAUGGAGAACCUUCGCAACGAGAUCAGUGAGAGGCGCUACGAACUCAAUCUGAAUCUACGCUCGCUGGCCGUCAUUACGGAGAAAAUGCGACUAGUGGAAAGAAUUACAGACGAUUUGACGACAUCAGAAGUCCAAAGUGCCACUGACAAUAUAAUACAUUUGGAGAAACGACUCGAGGAUCGCACCAAAGAAGUGUUGGCCAUGCAAGCAAAUUACAAAAAGUUCCUGAUCGAAAAAACAUGCAUCCGCGAGAAGCGCACCAUGAUCGCCGAAUCCCUGGAGAUUGCGAAGGAGGAACUGAAAGAGAAGGGCGAGAGGCUGUACGAGUUGCGUCAUUAUUUGAGCGAUAUCCAAGCGGACCGCCUAAAGAUCAAGACUACCCACGCCCGCCUAUACUCCAAAGGCGGACUACUCUUCCACCCAGCCCUUAUGUAUGAGUACGACAAGUGCCUGGAGGAAGUCCAGGAAAGGCGUGCUAUUGUUGCCAAGCUGCGAAAGACAUACACCGACUUGUCGGGUCGCUAUAGCAUGCUUGAACGUCAGAAGACAACGGCGACAGUGGCAUCAGUUUAAUAAUAAGGAAUCAUUUGGAAACGGUACACUGGACCUUAUACGUUCCUUUGUUCAUGCCUGGAAUCGUUUUCAGUUCAGUUUGACGAUGUCUAAUAUUUGUUACU